AAUUUUGCAUGUUAACUGUUCACUCUUUCUUUCAUUAAGGCAAAAUAAACUUCUUGUCCUUGAAGAUAGCUACAAAAAUAAUUAAAUAUAAAAGACGUUUUCUCACGCCGUCCACUUUUUUAGGCCCAAACCACUUGAACACACACCACGUCGUAAUCACGAGCUCCGAACCCGUACACACGCGCUAUCGAGGAGGCGUUGAAGGCAGCAUAAAGAGGUUACGAUUACUUCUUCUUGCCCUGGCUGGAGGUGGGAGGGGGCUUUAGUUUGCACCUGGCGGGGUAAUAAUCCCGCUUGGGAAUGUCGUGUUGGUUUCCAACUACAUCUGAAAGUACACUUAGUAAAGAGUUUGCUGAAAUGAAAGGGUGCAGUAGUUGGCGUGCAGUGUGACUUGUGUGUUACUUGUGUGUGACUUGUGUUUAGCCGGUGAUUAGCUGCGUUGUUUGGGGGGAAUGCGACUGAAAAGUUCAUUGUUUCGGGUUUUUUUUUUAUCGGGGGAUUUGAAGGAGACAUCGCAUACACAGUGUGAGCACUAGGAGAGAGAGCGCAUUCCUGAGCAGCAGAAACACGGGGAGAAACAGUUGCGCUGAUAACCGACGGAUUUGUUUUUCGGAGCUCUUGAAGAAGUCGCUUCCACUCCAUCUUGCAGCAGACAGUCAGGGAGCCACUCAGGGCCAUGAGCUACAGCCAGCGCGCUCUGCUUGUCCUGGCGCUGCUGGGGGUUUUGUCGGCGAUCAUGUCGCUGAUGUCGGUGAGUCUGAUUUUCCAGCUGAACGCCGGGGUGAAGGAGUCUGGAUCCGCGGUGCCGGGGGAGAUGUGGGCCGUGUUAAAGCCGCUCUCCGCCGUGCUCUCUGCGCUCUCUCUCACUCUCAACUCCAGCUCUGCCAUCAUCUGCCUGCUGCACUCACACUUCACCACCGAGAUGUGGACAGAACACACACACAGCUACAGGGCUGAAUGGUUCCUGUCAGACAGCAGGGUCAUUCGGCAUGUCGCUAUCGGCUUGUUUUGCACUGGGAUUUCUUUUUACCUGGGUGGCUUGUCCAUUUACAUGCUGCUGGUCUUUGAGAUUGAGACAGGAAUAGCAGGUGUGUGUGUGCUCUCCUCUGGUGUACUGGUGCUGCUGGUUUUAGUAGCUCAUACGCUGGUCCGGGCCACAUGUACAUCCAAACACUUUGACAACCAACACAUCAAUACCAUGUACCAGAACGACCCAGAGAGCAGCGCUGGCAUCUGCACAGUAGCAUCAGAGCUUAGCCUCAGAGAAAAGACCACAAGACAACGCAGUGAAGACAGCAUGAACCAUCUGUUCUCCUACACAGAGCCCAAACAACAAUACUCCAGUGAAAGAGAGGCUUAUGGUGGGAGUGGACGCAUGCACAGGACCCUGUCUUCUGAAUCCAGCCUGCUCCAGACACACAUAAAGCCCUGGAAUGGCGUCAACCACGAGAUGAGAACUGUGCUGACUCGCAAAGCCACGGGCAAAGACUCCACAUUAGUGUGAGCGGCAAUACUGUGAGAGGCUUUCAACUGGAACUGUUCCUUUUACUAUUUUUGCUGCAGACUUGCCACUGAACACUGCACCACAAUGUCUCAGGUUUCUGCCUGGCCUCACACACUAGAUGUGAUAAGAUUCUUGUUAGUUAUGGUGAACUGAACUGUGUGCAUUAGAAGGUACACUAUUCAAGCUCUAUUCAAGCGCUAAGAAUGGAGAUCUAAUGUAAAAACACUACAGCUUCAUCCUUCUGUUAUAUAAUUGUAUAAACACUGUUAAUGGAUAAUGUUUGUGCUUGUAGGUCUUGUCACUUUUUUAAAUAUUAACUCUCUGGACUGUCCUUUUCUGUCCCUACAAAUGAUAAAUAAUUCAACAAUUCAUACAUAUAAAGUCUACUGAUGAAGUAUAACUGGAUUUAAAAUGUAUAUUAAAAAUACAUAAAAAUAUGUACAAAUAAUUCUUAGAUACUUUGGAUUUUGUCUACAUCAUACUAAGAUUUUUACACUGCUUUGUAGACUUUUUUUUUUUUUUUUUAAUGUAAAAGUGUCAAUAGUACCGAACAUUUCUGAUAAAAAAAAAAACACUAACAUUAAGUUCAGUGCUUUUCAUAAUGGAUGAAAAUGAUAUGUUUUAAAAGCAUCAAGUGGACAAAGUGAGAAAAAUCAUAAUGUAGGCUAUAUUUUUUUUUUAAUUCCAAAAGUAUUGAUUUAUUAUUGUAUUGUGGCACCCUGAAUCAGAAUUGAAUAAAUUCCUACCCAUUUAAAUGAAAUGAUUUGGUUUUUGCAAGCCUAAGUAUAACAGCACUGAUGUAACUAGGAAU